UUUGUCUCUUCAAAGGUUCAUCAUGAGGACUGCUCUGCAGCUGGGCUUCUGUAGCCUCUGUCUGACUCUAACACUUCUGGGAGAAGGAAUGGGAGCGGAUCUUCCUGAUCCACCACCAGUGAAUUGUGUUUGGAGCCGCUGGUCAGAGUGGAGUCCUUGUGAUACCUGCAUGAAAACCAGAAGGCGGGCUCGAGGUGUGGAAGUGUUCGGUCAGUUUGGGGGAGAGUCCUGCCAGGGGUCCCUGGGGGACAGAGAGGCCUGUGUAACAGACGCUGCCUGUGAGCUGCCCCCCCCCAACUGCUCAGACUCUGAGUCCCGCUGCGAGUCAGGAACUUGCAUCAAGAAGAGAUUAAUGUGCAACGGGGACUAUGACUGUGAAGAUGGAUCAGAUGAGGACUGUGAUCCUGUGCACAAACCGUGUGGAUCAUCCGUUCUGGACAAUAAUGAGCAAGGCAGGACAGCAGGAUAUGGAAUCAACAUUCUGGGUGCAGAUCCUCGUAUGAACCCGUUCAACAACGAUUACUUCAACGGGAGGUGUGAUCGAGUGAGGAAUCCCAACUCUGGGAAGCUGGAUAGAGUUCCCUGGAAUGUCGGUGUGCUCAACUAUCAGACUUUAGUGGAAGAAACAUCUUCUAGAGAGAUUUAUGAAAACACACACAGCCUCCUGAAGGAAAUGCUGAAAGAGAUGAGUUCUAAAGUUGAUGCCGGACUUUCUUUCAAAUUCAGCCCAUCUGAGGAAUCCAUGUCAGAGGGCACAUCAUCAAAAGUGGGUUUAGAGUAUGAGUAUGAGAAGAAAAAAAUGAUAAAGGAUGUCUCAGAGAUCUUGGUCAUCAAGAACCAGAGCUUCAUGCGGGUGAAGGGCACGGUGCAGCUGAGCACCUACAGGAUGCGCUCCCGUGAACUGAAAACGGCCAAUGAAUUCCUGGAGCAUAUCAAAUAUUUGCCUUUGCGGUAUGAGAAGGGUAUUUAUUUUGCCUUCCUGGAGGACUAUGGUACUCACUACACCAAAAAUGGGAAGACAGGCGGUGAAUAUGAGUUGAUCUAUGUUCUCAACCAGGACACCAUAAAGGCCAGAAAUCUGACAGAGAGAAAGAUUCAGGAAUGCAUCAAAAUGGGCAUCACCGCAGACUUUGGGGGAGAGGUUGAGGGACACGUGAAAGGCAAUGAGUGUGAUGACGUAACGAACAAAGACCAAGUUGAAACUAACGGAAAAGCACUGGUGGACAGAGUGCUGACAUCGGUCAAAGGUGGCACUCUACAAACUGCUGUGAGUAUGAGGGCUAAAUUGAAUAAGGAGGGAGUGAUGGAUCUCGCUACGUAUCAGGAGUGGGCCCGGAGCAUCGCUGAGGCCCCUGCACUGCUGACCAGUGAGCCUGAAAACAUCUAUAUGUUAGUUCCAUUGGACAUGCCAGAUGCUAACUACAGGAUAUCCAACCUGAAGCAGGCCACCACAGAAUACGUGGCAGAGUACAACGUGUGCAAGUGUAAGCCUUGUCAUAAUGGAGGCACUCUUGCUCUGCUGGAUGGGAAGUGUAUCUGUCUGUGCCCCCCCCUGUUUGGAGGCAUGGCCUGCCAGAAUUUCAAGUCUAAAACCCCAGCUCCUGCUGUGAAUCAGGAGGGUAAUUGGUCCUGCUGGUCCAGCUGGUCCAGUUGUAGCGGGGCGAAGCGGGCCAGGACACGCAGCUGUAACAUCGACGUGCUUCCUGAUGCCAUAUGUAGAGGAGACAUCAAGAGUGAAGAACACUGCUGAGAACAUACAUGUCAACAAUGUCUCUGACACACACAUGGACACAGACCCUUUAUGUCUUAGAGAUAAAAACAAAGGAACAUUUUGGUCUUAACACGCUUAGUUAGGAGAUAAGAGCCAUCUUGACGGUAGUAGAUGUAUUAUCUUUUCAAUUUACACACGGCAUCUAUUGCACGUCUGUCCGUCCUGGGAGAGGGAUCCCUCCUCUGUUGCUCUCCCUGAGGUUUCUCCCAUGUUCCCCUUUAAACUGUGGGUUUUCUCUGGAAGUUUUUCCUCGAUGUGAGGGUCUAAGGACAGAGGGUGUCGUAUUGUCAUACUGAUAUUCUGUACACACUGUGAAGUCCACUGAGACUAAUGUAACAUUUGUGAUAUUGGGCUAUAUAAAUAAACAUUGAUUGAUUGAUUGAUAAUAUGGUUAAUAAAAUCUGAGUUUUUUUAUCUGUGGAUAGAUGUUUCUGUUUAGUUUUGGGAUUUAUAUGUUUUUUGAUUACCAUUUAAUUGUGAAUAUGUACACAUACUAGAAGAAAAUAAGAUCCAUGAAACCUACAUUAACCUAACACACAGGUCUUCUACAGAUGUUUUAGUACAACUGUUACUAAUUUUAAGGAAAGUUAACAGCUACAACACAAAUAUCAAGUGUAACGUGUAUAAUGUAUUAAAGAUGCUGCUUCAGUCCUCUGCUCUAUACUGUACAUUUGAAUCAUACCUGCUCUAUUGUCGGAACACUAAACUAUUUUAAAUUCUU